CUAAAAUUUCGAAAAUUCUUCUUAUUGUAUGUAUGGCGACGUAUCACCAUCCAGAAGGUUUACCCGGUAUGAAUACAGUACCAAUAGCACUGCACAAGGCUUCUAUGCGCAAAUAUGAGGACUUAGAGGUCCCUUGCGCAGCAGUUCUGGCCGCUUUUGUGUGGGUCGACGGCAGUGGUAUCAAUCUCCGCUCCAAAGACAGGACUUUCGAUUUUGUUCCUAAAGUACAUAAAGACCUGCCGAUCUGGUACUUUGAUGGCUUCAAUACGGAUCAAGCCACGAAUGACAAUGCAGAUACGUUUUUGUUUCCGCAAGUGAUAUAUCAUUGUCCGUUUAGACGUGGCAGCCAUAUUUUGGUUUUGGCGGAUACCUAUCAAUACAAUUAUCAGCCUACAACAACAAAUUACCGCAAGGCCUGCACAGAAGUUUGUGAGCGAGGUGAAGUAGAAGAGCCAUGGUUUGGUUUCAACCAGGAGUUCUGCCUCUGCACUACUGAUGGACGGCCUCUAGGCUGGCCGCCGGGAGGCUUCCCUGCUCCGCCUGGACCUUACUAUUGCGCUGUUGGCGCUAAUAAGAUUGUUGCAAGGGACCUAAUGGAGGCUUUUUACAGGUAG